UUCCUGCAAAUGAGUUCAGUUUUCGCAUCUUGGUAUUGAAUCCCGUGUUAUUAUAACCUUCAGAUUAGGUCGUCACGACUCUUUGUAGAUUUGGAGCUUCUUGGCAUGCAUCUCGCGAAAUCCUAAUCGGAUCGGUUAAUCAACUUUAUGUUUCGGAACGACUGUUGAACGAUAGUUUACGAAUUGACCUCUUUCUAGAUAGCUACUAGUUAGCAUGAAGGGGUGUAAGUAGCUGUGAUUAAGACCGGGGGAGAAAACUCGAGAGAUUAAGACAAUUGGGAUCCAUUCCAGGAAAGCAUGUUAGUCUCCUGAUUUGCAGCCGUACACUUGAGUUGAAAACGAGGAUUGGAAGUCAAAUUACUUGAUUGCAUGCGAUUGAAGAGUGGUUGGAAAGGAAAUCCGGAGAUGGAGGUUGGAGGAGUGGGAGACGUCGCUAGCAGUGCUGAGGAGCAGGAGAAGUGGUUGGCGGAUGCCAUCGCUCUCGUCCAGCAUAAUGCGUUUUAUAUGCACCGUGCGCUGGAUAGCAAUAAUUUGCGAGAAGCUCUUAAGUAUUCGGCUCAGAUGUUGUCUGAGCUGAGGACGUCCAAGCUGUCACCACAAAAGUACUAUGAGCUCUAUAUGAGAAUGUUUGUUGAACUGCAGCGAUUGGAAAUUUUCUUUCAAGAUGAAACCAAGAGAGGUCGCACACCUGCAGAUUUAUACGAGCUUGUUCAGCAUGCUGGAAACAUAUUGCCUCGUUUGUAUUUACUCUGUACGGUGGGAUCAGUGUACAUAAUGUCAAACGAAGCGCCAGCUAAGGAUGUGUUGAAGGACCUUGUGGAAAUGAUUCGAGGAGUUCAGCAUCCCAUUCGGGGGCUAUUUCUACGUAACUAUCUCACUCAAAUAAGCCGUGACAAACUGCCGGACGCGGGUUCUCCAUUUGAAGGGGAAGGUGGGAAAGUGAUCGAUGCUGUGGAGUUUGUGCUACAAAACUUCACGGAGAUGAACAAGUUGUGGGUGCGGAUGCAGCAUCAGGGUCCUGCUCGGGAGAAGGAGAAGCGGGAAAAGGAACGAAGUGAACUUCGUGAUUUGGUGGGAAAAAAUCUGCAUGUGCUCAGUCAGUUAGAAGGCGUGGACUUGGAAAUGUAUAAGGAUGUGGUCCUUCCUCGAGUGCUUGAGCAGAUUGUCAACUGCAAGGAUGAGAUAGCCCAAUUUUAUUUGAUGGAUUGUGUCAUCCAAGUAUUUCCAGAUGACUUUCAUCUACAAACUUUGGAGAUUAUACUCAGCGCCUGCCCACAAUUGCAGCCAUCAGUGGAUGUAAAGACUGUAAUGUCACAGCUGAUGGAGCGCCUAUCCAAGUAUGCAGGUGCUUCACCUGAGUUCCUACCAGACUUUCAUCAGGUGGAAGCGUUUUCAAAAUUUAGCCAAGCUGUUAUGGAGGUUGUAGAAGCUCAGCCAGAUAUGUCAUUGGCUAGCACUAUCAGUCUUUACGUGGCACUCCUUGCUUUCGUUUUAAGUGUGCACAGUGACCAUCUUGAAUACGUCGAUCAAGUUUUGGGAUUAUGUGCUAAGAGAUUGGAGGGAAAGGGACGUAUAAAAGAUGCCAAGGCAACAAAGCAGCUUGUGUUGCUCUUAACUGGACCAUUAGAAAAGUACAAGGAUGUGGUAGUGAUUUUGAAGUUGAGCAACUAUGCUCAUGUGAUGGGACAUCUGGAUCAUGACACUAAUAAAAGUAUGGCGGUGGUUCUUAUCCAAUCUGUGCUGUCCAACUACAUUCAGAUCGGAGAGCCUGAUAAGGUCGAUGCAUUGUUGGAUCUCUUGAAGGAGCUUACCCAGGAUAUCGGCGAUGCAUCAGCUAAGGCACCACCCAAGUACAACUGGCAGCAGGCAGAUGAUGAAGAUUUCAAAGAAGAACAGAAUUUAAUGGCCAGGCUUGUGCAUAUGCUGAGGAAUGAUGACUUGGAGGUUAUGUUCCAGAUUUUAGUAGUCGCACGCAAACAUUUUGGUGAGGGAGGUCCACGUCGGAUGCAAUACACUCUUCCGCCUCUUGUGUUUUCUACUCUUAAGUUUGUGCACGCCUUGCAGCAAAAGGAAUUAGAAGAGGGCUUUAGUGACAGGGCUGGUUCUCCUGCUAUGAGGAAAGCUUUUCAGUUUUUACAUCAUACAGUGGAGGCUCUUGCCAUGAUUCCUGCAGCUGAACUAGCUUUGAGACUGUACCUACAAUGCGCGGAGGCUGCUGGUAACUGUGGCUUGGAGCCUGUGGCUUACGAGUUUUUCACCCAGGCGUUCUUGUUGUACGAAGAAGAGGUAGCUGAUUCAAAAGCACAAGUUACUGCUCUUCAUCUCAUAAUUGGGACGUUGCAAAGGACACGAGUUUUUGGUGUGGAGAACAGAGAUACUUUGACCCACAAGGCCACAGGGUAUUCGGCUAAGCUACUCAAGAAGCCUGACCAAUGCAGAGCUGUGGUCGCCUGUUCGCAUUUAUUUUGGGUUGAAGGUCAAAGUGGUGUACGAGAUGGCGAAAGAGUGCUUCUAUGCCUGAAACGCGCAUUGAGAAUUGCUAAUGCGGUUCAGCAAAUGACUGGUGCCACAAGGGGUACCAGUGGCCCGAUGACUCUUUUUGUUGAGAUUCUUAACACGUAUCUUUACUACUUCGACAGAGCAAUACCUCAAAUUACAGCGACUGUUAUUCAGGGGCUGGUAGAACUUAUUAUCACGGAAACACAAAGCGAGGGGUCUGUCCAUGAAGCACAAGUGGAUUCGUAUUUAGCGAACACCUUGAGAUACAUCCAGUACCAGAAACAGAAAGGUGACUACACCGCCGACAGGUAUUCGGCAAUUCAAAUGCUUAAUUAGCUGGCGAUAUAGCUUUGUGAGGCUUUUAAUUCAAUUUGUUCCUUAGCAACUUCUUCACCUUGGAAGCACCACAUCUCGAUUGGCACUUACAAGGCAGACAUUACGUACUACACCCUAUAUAUUUUAUUGGCCUCAUUUCCACCAAUUUUUCCCUAGUUUCACUCCAAGAUAGACAGCCAUGUCGUUUAUUUUUCUUUUGUUGUACAUGUGAAUUUGGAGGGUUUUAAGGUGUCAAGCAGGAAUUAUCUGAACUUAAUUUUCUUUCUGCUUAGAAAGUAACAUGGUUUAUGUAAGGUA